CUAAAACUGGUUUACAGUAAAUUCACGUGGGUUAUUUACGGAAAUGGUGUCUACAUUGAGUGUUUACUUUUUUCUGGUCCUCGUUUUCCACCACGUACAGUUACAGGAGUAUCCCUUCCGUAACACCUCCCUCCCCUGGGAUGUCCGAGUUGGGGACCUCGUAAACAGGCUGACCGUCCAGGAGAUCGUGGUCCAAAUGAGUCGGGGAGGAUCGGGGCCCCGGGCUAGUCCCGCCCCCGCCAUCCCCCGGUUAGGAAUAGGUCCUUUUAGUUGGAAUACAGAAUGUCUGAGAGGCGACGUAUACGCUGGUAAUGCCACUUCUUUUCCGCAGACUUUAGGACUAGCUGCAACGUUCAGCACGGAUGUUAUCUGUGACGUAGCAGAAGCGACAUCUAUAGAGGUGCGCGCCAAAUACAACGACUACCAAAGACGGAAAAUAUAUGGAGACCAUAAGGGGAUAAGCUGUUUCAGUCCUGUUAUAAACAUCAUGAGGCAUCCGCUCUGGGGCCGAAAUCAGGAAACAUACGGGGAGGAUCCUUUUUUAUCCGGAAAGAUGGCCGAAAGUUUUGUGAAAUGUUUACAGGGCGAUAACCCCACCUACAUCCGGGCUAAUGCUGGCUGUAAACACUUUGACGUGCACGGCGGUCCCGAGAACAUCCCCGUCUCCAGAUUCUCCUUCGAUGCCAAAGUAUCUGAGCGGAACUGGAGACUGACGUUUUUACCAGCGUUUAAGAAAUGUGUUCAAGCAGGAUCCUACAGUUUAAUGUGCAGCUUCAACAGAAUCAAUGGCGUCCCCGCUUGUGGAAACAAGCGUCUGCUGACGGACAUUUUACGGAAGGAGUGGGGGUUCACGGGAUACGUCGUCAGUGACCAGGAGGCAAUAGAAAACAUUAUGACAUAUCAUCACUACACCAAUAACUCAAUAGACACGGCUACAUUAUGUGUCAAGGCCGGCUGUAACCUAGAACUGUCCACAAACGAGGUCAAACCAACCUACUUCUAUAUCAACGACGCCUUAAAAGCUGGCAAACUGAAGAAGGAAGAGGUAAUGGGGAGUGUGAAACCUUUGUUUUACACCCGAAUGCGCCUCGGAGAGUUUGAUCCGCCCAAGUAUAAUCCCUACAACUUCCUGGAUCUCUCAGUGAUCCAGAGCGAGGAACAUAGAGCAAUAUCGUUAGCCGCUGCUAUGAAGUCGUUUGUUCUGCUGAAGAAUAGGGACGGAUUUCUUCCAAUUAAUACAGUUUAUAACAAGAUAUCUGUAGUCGGACCUAUGGCAGACAACAAAUACCAACAAAUAGGAAGCUAUGCACCGGAUGUUAUGCCAGGUUUUACUACCACGCCUUUACAAGGGCUCUCUAAGCUCUCCAGAAACGUACAAUACGCAGCUGGAUGUACCGACAACGCAUGCACAACGUACAACAGAUCAGACAUACAGAGAGCAAUGAAUUCCACUGAAGUCGUCUUUGUUUGUCUUGGAACUGGCCCCAUGAUAGAGAACGAGGACCAUGAUAGAGCCAGUAUGGAGCUACCCGGAAAACAGUCACAGCUUCUCAAGGACGCGCUGAGUUUCUCGGCAAAUACCGUGCCUAUUAUCCUUCUUCUCUUCAACGGAGGACCCGUGAACAUUACUUGGGCGGAUCAAAACGACCGCGUGGUGGCCAUUAUUGAAUGCUUUUUCCCUGCACAGGAAACAGGAGAGGCUGUAUUGAGAGUGUUAACAAACACUGGGAACUUCUCAAACCCCGCAGCAAGACUUCCUUAUACGUGGAUGAAAUACAAGGAGCAGAUACCUUCCAUGGUAAAUUAUAGCAUGGCCAACAGAACGUAUCGGUAUUUCCAUGGCAACCCUCUGUAUCCAUUUGGGUAUGGAUUGUCCUAUUCCAGAUUUAACUAUACAAACGCCUGGCUGAACCCGAUCAUAGAGCAAGGCCAGAACCUUACGGUUCGUGUAGAGGUUCACAAUUUAGGGCCACUGGACGGAGAAGAGGUUAUUCAGAUCUAUCUGAAAUGGCUGGAUACUAAAGAAGAGAUGCCAGUGAAACAGCUAGUUGGAUUUCGGCGAGUUUACCUGCAUAAUGGAGAAACUCUGAGUUGGGUUUUUACUGUAGAUUCUGAUAACUUGGCCGUCUGGAGCAACACAAGAGAAUUUUGGAUAGAACCAGGACAUUACCGACUGUACAUUGGAGGCCAACAGCCGGAUCAAGAGAAAAAAGUGCCUAGUAAUAUCCUGGUCCGAGACUUCAAAAUUGUACCGACUACGUCAUAUAUGUAGAUUUGUAUAUUUUUUAAUUUAAGUCCUAGUUAAACUGACUCUCUGGAAAAUCAAUCUUAAAAGUGGUUUUUAAAGGGUUAAAAUACUGUGAAAUCACUCAUUUUAAUGGGGCUUAUGUCGUCCAA